CGUCAACCGUCAGGCCUGCGAGGACAGACGGACAUUCUGCUGUGAUCGCUGGAGAGGACACAGACAGACAGACAGACAGACAGACAGACAGACAGAGAGACAGAGAUGGACGGGGAAGACAGGCGGUUGGAUCCGCUUAAGAGUUUCACUGUCAACAGUUUCAGACUGGACCCUGGAAUAUGGCGGGACCUGGUGUCAGAGGAGGAGAGUCAGGUGAUGUUGAACAGUUUCUUCAACACUCAGGACUACUGGACCCUGUUCAUAUUUCAGCACCCGGACUCUGGACUCUCCUUCAGCCUCCACUUUCCAAAAAAUGUCCAAACUAAAGUCAUCUGUGUCUCUAAAUCUGGACCUGGAGUUCUAACCAAAGAAAACACCAGAGAGAGUUUAAUAAUCCAAGAAGUUCAGGGAGAGGACGCCUUGAGCUUCAUCAUCGCUGUCUCUGAGAAGGUGACCUGCCCGUUGCUUAGCAACCCAGAAACCAGCAGUACCUGGGCAGCAGGUGUGGCUGAGGAGGCUUUGAGGUUCAUGGGGAGACAGAAGAACGAAGCGCUGGUGAUGAAGGCUCACAUAGAGGGACAGACCUUUCUACCUCAUCCUGGUGCUCUCCAUGACGACGCUCUCCAUGACGACACUCAGAGGCUGUCAGACAUGAAGCUCCUCCACAGCUGUGAUUCGAUGAUCAUAGAGUGGGCGGAGCUUGUGUCCGAGUUCCUGCAGCAGCACUCGUCUCAGCCGGUUCUGGACGGUCUGAAGCCGCUUCCCUCAGAGGAGUUUAACUUCUGGAGGAACAGGCUGAACAACUUGCACUUCAUCCAGCAGCAGCUGAUGAGUAGCAGAGCUCAGCGGGUGGCGUCCAUCGUUCAGAAGGCGGAGAGCGUCUACUGGUCCACUCUGAGAGACAUUCACAGAGAUGUCCAGGAAGGUCUGAAGGAGGCUGAAGAUGUGACUCUGAAUCUGACUGGUCUGCAGGAGAAGCUGGAGCAGGUGGAGCAGGUGGAGUACCAGCAGCUGGGGGCCAACGUGGCUGCUGUGAUGGAGGCGGUACGUCAAGUAUGGAUCCGGUCUAAGUUCUACUGUGAACCCUGCAGGAUGGUGGUUCUGCUGCAGGAGAUCUGCAACCUCUUCAUCCAGAUGAGCAGGGAGUUCCUGCGUGUGGAGGAAGUGAUGCAUGGUCUGGUGUCAGACCCUGCUCCAGUCCUGGAUGAUGUCAGACUGGUGAUCCGGACGCUGCAGACCUUCAAAGAGGCCUACAGUCAGUGCAGGACUCAGCUGGAAAGUCAGAACCAGAACCAGAGCUGGGACUUUCCUUCACACCUGGCCUUCUCUCACCUGGACAAAUUCCUGACACGUCUGCACAGCAUCCAGGAGGUGCUGUGUGACAGUCUGCAGCUCCGUCAGCUGGAUCAGACAGUCCUGUCCGGUGUCAGCAGCAGGAUGUGGACUGACGUGGUUCAGGGCGUGUAUCAGGACUUCCUGUGUCAUGUGACGGAUCUGUCCCAAUCUAACUGCGACCCCACUGACCCUGACGACCAGAGCUUUCAGCUUCACCUGGAUCAGUUUCUGGUCCAGGUGUCAGACCUGGACAGACGGCUGGUGUCUGUCCUCAGCAGAGCCUUUGAGGACUGCUGCGUGUCUUCAUCUGCAGCAAAGCUGGUGCAGAUGUUCAGGCUCAUCCUGGACCGUCCUCUGAUCCAGGAUCAGCUGCAUCCUCACCUGAUCCGCCUGGUGGAGAUGGUACUGGUGGAGCUGGAUCAGACAGAGCUGCUGUUCUUCAGUCAGAGAGAGAAAUCAGAAACAUUCAGCAGGUUCAGUCCUUCUGCUGCAGCCAGACUCUGCUGGACUCAACAGCUCCGACUGAGAGCUGAGGACGCUCUGAACAGCUACAGGACCAUCCAACACUUGUGUGUGGACUCAGGUGAGUCCCAGCUGGUGCUGCAGAGGUUCCAGAAUGUUGUUGACCUCCUGCAGGACUUCAGGGACCAUGUGAGGUUGGACUGGAGUCGUCAGCUGGACUCAGACUGUGGAUUCAUCCUGGAGCAGCCUCUGAUACAACACAGCCAGCAAGGCAUGCUGGAAGUUAACUGCAGCCACAAGCUUAAGGGGGUGCUCAGGGAGCUCAGGUGUGUGAGCAGGGAGGGAGAUGUGGAGCUCCACCCCCACACUGCUCGACUCCUCACCUGUAGAGAUGACGUCACACAUAGCUACCUGAGCCUGAGUCACAUGGUGUCCUGCUACAACCAGGUGGUGAUGGAUGUCCUGCAGGUGGAGCUUCCUCUGAUCCAGGACCAGCAGCACGACCUGAACCAGACUCUGUCCAUGCUGCAGACAAACACCUGGAGCUGUGAAGGUGUGCAGCACCUGGUGGAGCAGCAGAGAGAAAGAGUGUUGAUGUUCCACUCUACAGUAUGCAAGGCCAGAGCCAACAUGAAUGACAUGAUAGGCAUCAUCCAGGGCUGGGCGGAGCUUCACCUGCUGCAGCACUCAGGUGAAUCACUGCUGGGGGGCGGCGCUUCAGAGCAGAGCUACAGACAAAUCAGAGAGGAGGGACAGCAACUGCUCCUGUUAACACAGGUGAACAGAAGGCUGUACGGAGUUGAGGAAUCCUCUGAGUCCUGGAUCCGGUAUCUGGACCACAUCGAUGACCGACUUCAGCACGGACUCUUCCAGCUGCUGCUCAGAUCUCUGCGCUUCCUGUCAGACAGCAUGAACCCACAGACCUGCAGAGGUCCGUUGGUGGCGGUCCGUCUGCAGCUGCAGGAAACAGGAAGUGUGUUUGAGCCGUCAGUGGGCGGUGACCUCCUGAAGACCAUCAUCACUGACAUUUACAGAGCAGCAAGUCUGCCAGCCCGGAUCUCUAUGAGUCGCUAUGACAACCUCCAGGAGUCUCUGCAGCAGAGCCCAGAUCUCAUUGCAUUGGAACAGGAAGUGAUGCGUCACGUGGUACAGGUGAAAGAGGAGGCGGAGCAUCUGAGGGCGGGGCUGGACAGGUACUCGUACCUAUGGCUGAAUGACAGGAAGGAGAUGAUGCAGGAGUUUCUGACCUAUAGCAGACAGCUGGGAGCUGACAAGCUGGAGGCCGAGGAGGCCCCGCCCACCCUGAAGGACUUCCAGAGAGAGAUCGAGUCAUUCCACAGACUGAGCAGAGAGGUGACUCACCUGGAUGAUGUCAUUGUUCUGCACAGCUGGCUGCAGGUCGACCUUCGACCCUUCAGAGACUCCCUGCUGUUAAUUAUCCAUGACUGGAGCCACAUGUACACAGAGUUCCUGCUGGACUCAGUCAGUGACAGUCUGGAGCAGGUGAGUCGUCGUGCUGAUGAUGAUGACGUUGAUGAUGAUGAUGAUGAUGAUGAUAAAGCGCCCUCCUCCAGUCUUCCUUUAACAGAAACCAUCCUCCUGCUGGAGGCUGCAGGAGUCCAGCUUCCUGAACACCUGUCAGCACAGCUACAGUCUGUUGCUGUGUCUCAGUUCAGGUCUGCAUCCUUCAGAGGAGCAUUUGAAGGCCAGUAACAUCACAGCACUGCGCGAAGGCUGUCCAGUCCGAAGGCUCCUCCAGAUGCUCCUUCUUUUCCCUCUUUUUGGAGGAUGCACCGCUACAAUCCUUCGCGGCCUCACAUAUCCCAAGAUUCUUUGUGGACCCGAAGAAGAAAAUGCAGACCCUGAAUUGAGACACAGCCGGUGUCUCACUAUGACUCCGCCCACACCUGCUCAGAGACAGGAAGUCACAUCAUAUUCUUUUUUAAUAUUUACUGUCUACUUUUAAAUCAUUUUGUGUUCAAUGUUCUAUUAUUAAUUUAGCUGAUAGAUAACAGUUUAGAUGUGUGAUUUACUUACCUGUGCAUACACCUGCUCACACCUGCUCCACCUGUUUGUUCCAGCACUCAUCUGUGCAGUUCAAUGACUCACAGCAUCAGUGCAGUGUCAGCAGGUCCUUCUGUGGAAUCAGACACUUACAGUCCACUUGUGUUAGUUUGAGUUUCCUCAUGUUACUUCUCCUACAGUGUGACGGUGCAUUAAGGAGCAUCAUGUAGUUCACAACAU